CCAUAGUUUUGGUAGAGCAGGCUGCUGGUGAGGUUCUUUUCCCCCAAUUUUUUUUUCUCUCCCUUUCUUUAGUUCUUUUUACGAAUUGAUGUGUAGAAAUUCCGACCACAUGAAUCCGAAAUGGGCGAGCAAAAGUGAACGGUUAUCCCUAGCACAGCAGUAACAGCUACAAUUACGCUUCGAGCUCGCCGUCGGAAAAGCAGAGAAUGGGGACUGUCCUCGACUCCCAUUUCUUGGCCCUCACAGCCCUCGUCACAGUUGGAUAUCAGCUAAUAUUCUUCAUCAUCACCGGGCUUCUUAGGUUUGAUAAGGUCACCGACUUUGCCGGUGGCACAAAUUUUGUUAUACUUGGAAUACUAACUCUUGCUUUAAAAGGAACAUGGCAUUUCCGACAGAUUGUGUUGACAUUGCUUGUAGUACUUUGGGGUCUUCGCUUGGGAUUAUUUUUAUUGAUGAGUAGGAUUCUGCAGUGGGGGGAGGAUCGCCGUUUUGAUGAAAUGCGUAGUAAUUUGGGGAAAUUGGCAGUUUUUUGGACAUUCCAGGCUGUCUGGGUGUGGACUGUUAGCUUGCCUCUCACAAUUGUGAAUGCUAGUGACAGAAAUCCAUCUGUCAAACCUCAGGACAUCAUUGGUUGGAUAAUGUGGUCUGUGGGCCUAUCCGUUGAAGCAACUGCUGAUCAGCAGAAAUUGAUUUUCAAGAAUUCUCCUUCUAAUAGGGGGAAAUGGUGCAAUGUAGGACUUUGGAAAUAUUCCCGUCAUCCAAAUUACUUUGGUGAGAUUCUCUUAUGGUGGGGAAUAUUUGCAGCUUCUACUCCCGUUCUAAAAGGUGCAGAAUGGCUGGUAGUUAUUGGACCUGUAUUCCUGACUCUGUUGCUUCUUUUUGUUAGUGGCAUCCCUCUACUUGAGGAAUCGGCAGAUAAGCGUUUUGGCUCUGUAGCAGAGUAUCGUUUCUACAAAAACACAACAAGCCCUCUUGUUCCAUUGCCGCCUUUUGUAUAUGGAAAACUGCCUGCAUGGUUCAAGGUAGCUUUCCUUUUUGAGUUCCCUCUAUACAGUCGAGGUCUUCCAUAUGAAGGUUCGUCAAGCUGAUAGUGCUAAAGUUUUCUUCGGAAAUCAACUGCUGUGAUGGAUACACACUUCUCAUCCUGUCUACACUGUACAAAGUUUUACUAGGAACAGGGUAUCAUUCCCUGUCUUUCAGGUUCUGUUCUUGCAAUUUACUCCAAUUGAUGGGUGGCUGCCGCCGCAUAAGCUGAGGCACUGUAGAAUUCACAUCAAACUGCUGAAUCUUUUUAUUUAUACUGAAUCUUGCUUUAAAAAUGGAUAUGCGGACCAUCUUGUGUUUUAGGUUCUGCAAUUCAAGAGUUAUGCUGCCCCAUGACUUAUAUCUUAAUGAUUGUAUCCACAGGAGAAGGUUUCGACUC